GUGGAGGGUGGGGGGGGUAGGGGAGAGGGAGAGGAGGAGGGAGGAGAGGGUGAUGAAGGAGGGGGAGCAGAGGAGGAAUGGGAUGAGGAGCUGGAUGGAGAGAACGAGGGAGGACUGCGGAUGACGAGGACCGACACCCUUCACUCCACCACCAGCUCCACGGCAACGCAACGCAGGAGAGGUCAACACGCCAAGAAACAGGUCCAGGGUAAUAAUCAGGUCCAGCGCGCUCCCAGAGCCCUCUACUGUCUCAAACUCAACAACCCAAUCAGGAGAGCCGCCCUGUCCAUCGUGGAGUGGAAGCCUUUCGAUAUCUUUAUUCUGUUAGCCAUCUUUGCUAACUGUGUAGCGUUGGGCGUGUCCAAACCAUUCCCUGAGGACGACUCCAACUCAACCAAUCAUGACCUGGAGCAAGUGGAGUACAUCUUCCUGAUCAUCUUCACCAUCGAGACCUUCCUGAAGAUCCUGGCCUAUGGUCUGGUCAUGCAUCCCAGCUCCUACAUCCGCAACGGCUGGAACCUUCUGGACUUCGUCAUCGUCAUCGUCGGACUGUUCAGUGUUGUCUUGGAGACGGUGACUCAUAAGUCUGGAGAAGUGUCGACCACCAGCCACCACACGCCGGGGAAGCCAGGAGGUCUGGACGUCAAGGCCCUCAGGGCCUUCAGAGUCCUGAGGCCGCUCAGACUGGUCUCUGGAGUACCCAGCCUCCAGAUCGUGCUGAACUCCAUCAUGAAGGCCAUGGUUCCUCUGCUCCACAUCGCGCUGCUCGUCCUCUUCGUCAUCAUCAUCUACGCCAUCAUCGGCCUGGAGCUCUUCAUCGGCCGCAUGCACAAAACCUGUUACUACAUAGGAGCAGAUAACUACGUGGAGGACGACCCGGUGCCCUGUGCGUUCGCGGGUCACGGGCGCCAGUGCAUGCUGAACGGCUCCGAGUGCCGUGGCCGCUGGGACGGGCCCAACGGAGGCAUCACCAACUUCGACAACUUCUUCUUCGCCAUGUUGACCGUCUUCCAGUGCAUCACCAUGGAGGGCUGGACUGACGUACUCUACUGGAUGAACGAUGCCAUGGGUCUGGAGCUCCCCUGGGUUUACUUUGUGAGUCUGGUCGUCUUUGGCUCCUUCUUCGUCCUCAACCUCGUCCUGGGAGUCCUGAGUGGAGAGUUCUCUAAGGAGAGGGAGAAGGCCAAGGCACGGGGAGACUUCCAGAAGCUCAGAGAGAAGCAGCAGAUGGAGGAGGACCUCUGUGGAUACCUGGACUGGAUCACACAGGCUGAGGACCUAGAUGAGAACCUGGAUGACAAUCACCGUCCUUCGUUGGGCGAGCUGUCUGAUAAGAAGAGAGGGAAGUUUGGAUGGUUCAGCCACUCCAAUGAUACUCAUGCAAGUCUUCCCGCCAGUGAAACCGGGUCUGAAACCACAGAAAACAUUGAGGAUGAACACACUAACUGCUGCCAAGCAUGCUGUGCUCAGAUGAUGAAGAACAGCUGCUGUCGGGUGCUGAAGCGCUGGAACAGGGUUUGCAGGAGGAGGUGUCGCGUGGCAGUGAAGUCCGUGACCUUCUAUUGGCUGGUUCUGCUGCUCGUCUUCCUCAACACCUCCCUCAGCGCCUCGGAGCACUACGACCAACCUGAUUGGCUGACCGGAGUCCAGGACACGGCCAACAAGGUGCUGCUGUCGCUGUUCACGGUGGAGAUGCUGCUGAAGAUGUACAGCCUGGGCCUGGCCCACUACUUCGUGGCCUUCUUCAACCGCUUCGACUGCUUCGUGGUGUGCGGGGGCAUCAUGGAGACCAUCCUGGUGGAGCUGGGCAUCAUGCCCCCGCUGGGCAUCUCCGUGCUGCGCUGCGUGCGCCUGCUCAGGAUCUUCAAGGUCACCCGUCACUGGACAGCCCUGUCCAACCUGGUGGCGUCGCUCCUCAACUCCAUGAAGUCCAUCGCCUCGCUGCUGCUCCUCCUCUUCCUCUUCCUCAUCAUCUUCGCUCUGCUGGGCAUGCAGCUGUUUGGGGGGAAGUUUAACUUUGACGAGACGCAGACCAAACGCAGCACCUUCGACGCAUUCCCCCAGGCCCUGCUCACCUGCUUCCAGAUCCUGACCGGAGAGGACUGGAACAUGGUCAUGUACGACGGCAUCAUGGCGUACGGUGGGCCGGUGUUCCCCGGGAUGAUCGUCUGCGUUUACUUUGUCAUCCUCUUCAUCUGCGGAAACUACAUCCUACUGAACGUCUUCUUGGCCAUCGCAGUAGACAACCUGGCGGGAGGGGACACGGACAACAAGAAGAAAGAAGUCAAGAAAGAGGAGGGAGAGGAGAAGGAGGGUGAGGAGGUGAAGAUUGAUGUAGAUCUAGACACAGAGUAUGAGGAAGAGGAAGAACCCCCAGAAGGUGAAGAAGAUACGGUCGCCCCGCUGAACAUAGCGGACCUGACUCCUCCUAAAGAGAAGGUCCUACCGAUCCCUGAGGGCAGCGCCUUCUUCUGCUUCAGCAAGACCAACCCUAUCCGCCGGGGCUGCCACGUCCUGAUCCACCACCACAUCUUCACCAACCUCAUCCUCGUCUUCAUCAUCCUCAGCAGCUGUUCAUUGGCUGCAGAGGAUCCAAUCAGAGCUCACUCCUUCAGGAACAACAUCCUGGGCUACGCUGACUACGCCUUCACCUCCAUCUUCACCGUGGAGAUCCUCCUCAAGAUGAUGGUCCACGGGGCGUUCCUCCAUCAGGGCUCCUUCUGUAGGAACUGGUUCAACCUCCUGGACCUGCUGGUGGUCAGCGUGUCCCUGGUCUCCUUCUUCCUACACUCCAGUGCCAUCUCAGUGGUGAAGAUCCUCAGAGUCCUGAGAGUCCUGAGGCCCCUGAGGGCCAUCAACCGGGCCAAGGGCCUCAAGCAUGUGGUCCAGUGUGUGUUCGUGGCCAUCAAGACCAUCGGGAACAUCAUGAUCGUCACCACGCUGCUGCAGUUCAUGUUCGCCUGCAUCGGAGUCCAGCUGUUUAAGGGGAAGUUCUUCCGCUGCACUGACGAGGCCAAACACACGCCAGAAGAGUGCAAGGGCUCCUUCGUGGUGUAUAAGGACGGCGAUGUGACCCACCCGAUGGUCAGGGAGAGGUUCUGGCUCAACAGCGACUUCAACUUCGACAACGUGCUGAUGGGCAUGAUGGCUCUGUUCACCGUGUCCACCUUCGAGGGCUGGCCCGCCCUGCUGUACAAGGCCAUCGAUGCGAACGGGGAGAACUCGGGUCCGAUCUACAACUACCGCGUGGAGAUCUCCAUCUUCUUCAUCGUCUACAUCAUCAUCAUCGCCUUCUUCAUGAUGAACAUCUUCGUGGGCUUCGUCAUCAUCACCUUCAGGGAGCAGGGGGAGCAGGAGUACAAGAACUGUGAGCUGGACAAGAACCAGCGGCAGUGUGUGGAGUUCGCCCUGAAGGCCCAGCCCCUCAUGCUCUACAUCCCCAAGAACCCCGUCCAGUACAAGUUCUGGUCCAUCAUCAACUCCACCUGCUUCGAGUACGUCAUGUUCGUCCUCAUCCUGCUCAACACCGUCACACUGGCCAUACAGCAUUAUGAACAGUCCAAGGGCUUCAGCCACAUCAUGGACAUCCUGAACAUGGUGUUCACCGGGCUGUUCACCGUGGAGAUGCUGCUCAAACUCCUGGCUCUCAGACUCAGGCACUACUUCAUGGAUGCCUGGAACUCCUUUGACGCUCUGAUUGUUGUUGGCAGUGUAGUCGACAUUGUGGUCACAGAAUUCAGCAGCGGAGAAGACAGCUCCCGUGUAUCAAUCACUUUCUUUCGUCUGUUUCGAGUGAUGCGAUUGGUCAAGCUGCUCAGCAAAGGGGAGGGCAUUCGCACCCUUCUCUGGACCUUCAUCAAAUCACUGCAGGCGCUGCCCUAUGUCGCUCUGCUCAUCGCUCUGAUCUUCUUCAUCUACGCCGUCGUCGGCAUGCAGACCUUUGGGAAAGUGGCCAUGCAGGCUCAUACUCAGAUCAACAGGAACAACAACUUCCAAACGUUCCCCCAGGCAGUGCUUCUGCUUUUCAGGUGUGCUACGGGCGAGGCGUGGCAGGAGAUCAUGCUGUCCAGCCUCCCGGGGAAGCGCUGCGACCCGGAGUCGGACUAUGCCCCCGGGGAGGAGUUCACCUGCGGCUCCUCCUUCGCCAUCGUCUACUUCAUCAGCUUCUUCAUGCUGUGUGCUUUCCUGAUCAUUAACCUGUUUGUUGCGGUCAUCAUGGACAACUUUGACUACCUGACCCGUGAUUGGUCGAUCCUGGGCCCCCAUCACCUGGACGAGUUCAAGAGGAUCUGGUCUGAAUACGACCCUGAGGCCAAGGGGCGUAUCAAGCACCUGGACGUGGUGGCUCUCCUCAGGAGGAUCCAGCCCCCUCUGGGCUUCGGGAAGCUCUGUCCUCAUCGGGUCGCCUGCAAGAGGUUGGUAGCGAUGAACAUGCCUCUGAACAGUGAUGGGACGGUCACCUUCAACGCUACGCUGUUCGCUCUGGUCCGGACGGCGCUCAAGAUCAAGACUGACGGAAUCCCAGAGCAGGAGAACGAGGAACUCCGAGUCAUCAUCAAGAAGAUCUGGAAACGAAUGAAACCCAAGCUACUGGAUGAAGUAAUACCACCUCACAAAGAGGAGGAGGUGACGGUGGGAAAGUUCUACGCAACCUUCCUGAUCCAGGACUACUUCAGGAAGUUCAGGAAGAGGAAGGAGAAGGACGGGCUGCCCGGGGAACCCGAGGUUGGCAACGCCUCCGCUGUCCAGCUGUGUAAGGCCGGUCUGAAGACUCUACAGGACCUAGGACCUGAGAUGCGUCUGGCUCUCAACCAGGACUUUGAGGAAGAUGAGGAGGGGAUCAUAGAUGACGAAGGCCAGGAUGAUGACACUCAGUAUAAAAGUGACGAGGACUACAGCCCAGAGAAGGAUGAUCCCCGGCUCCCUGACCCCGUCUCCUACAGGUUCCAGGGACUUGCUGGAGGAAGGGGGCGUGUCUAACGGGGGUCUGAUCCAUCGGGUGGGCUCGCUCUCCAAAGAACCUGCUGCUAUGGAGGAUGACCGCCGGCGCCACAGCAACCAUCACCAACGGCAACCGUCUCUCAGGAGCGUGAAGGAGUCUCGGAGUACA